UCUUGUUAGCCCCCCCGUGUUAGCUUACCCUGACUUCAACUUACCUUUCGUAUUGCACACGGAUGCCUCUGAACUUGGUCUUGGAGCCAUUCUAUAUCAGCAUCAAGAUGGAAAGUUAAGGGUCGUUGGAUACGGGUCCAGAACGCUAACACCAGCUGAGCGUAACUAUCACCUGCACAGUGGAAAGUUGGAGUUCCUUGCCCUGAAGUGGGCAGUGUGCGAAAAGUUUCGAGAUUACUUGUACUAUGCUCCCCACUUCACGGUAUAUACCGACAACAAUCCACUAACUUACGUUAUGAGCACAGCAAAACUAAAUGCAGUAGGGCAUCGAUGGGUUGGAGAACUCUCAGAUUUCAGAUUUGACUUAAAGUAUAGGCCAGGAAAGUCUAAUGCAGACGCUGACACGCUGUCGCGUCUACCUUUGGACAUUGAAAACUACGCCAAGUCCUGUACUGAAGAAUUUUCCAAUGAUGUGGUACGUGCUGUGUGGGAUGGCAGCAAAGUGGCCAAGCAGAAAGAUGUGGCAUGGGUUGCCGCCCUUAACAUCUUGUCCCAAGCAUCACCCGCCUCUACUCUUGACCCGAUAACAGCCAUAAGCCAUAAUGAACUUGUAGACGCACAGAGAAUGGAUGGAGCGAUCAAUGAAGUGAUUCAAUUAAAAGAAGCAGGUACACCCUUGAGUGAUGAAGUGCGUAAAACAGCAAGUGCUGCCGCUAGAAGACUUUUCCAUGAAUGGGGAAAACUAGGCCUUGAAAAUGGUCUCUUGUACAGACGCGCUAAUGAAAGGAAACAGCUAGUGCUCCCUGCCAAGUAUAAAGAUCUGGUACUGAAGAAACUUCAUAGUGAGAUGGCUCAUGUAGGGACAGAAAGGGUGCUUAAUCUGGCAAGAGAGAGGUUCUAUUGGCCUUUUAUGGCAAAAGACAUUGAAGACCAUAUCACAAAGAGAUGUCCAUGCAUAAAAUCGAAAAAGCCGGUAACUCAUGUGAGAGCCCCAAUGGGUAGUAUUACAUCUAGCUCACCACUAGAGUUAGUGUGUAUAGACUACUUGCAUCUGGAAACAAGCCGCGGUGGCUUUGAAUACAUUCUUGUAGUGGUAGACCACUUCACAAGAUUCGCUCAAGCCUACCCAACAAAGAAUAAGAGUGGCAAGACAGCAGCUGAGCGCAUUUUCAAUGAUUUCAUACCACGCUUUGGAUAUCCAUCAAAAUUACACCACGACCAAGGCCGUGAAUUUGAAAAUGAACUGUUUCGCACACUUCGUCAAUUGUCGGGUAUUGGUCACUCAAGAACAUCGCCCUACCACCCUCAGGGAAAUCCUGCUGAGCGGUUUAAUCGAACCAUACUCCAGAUGUUAAGAACACUGACUGACAAAGAGAAAGAGAGAUGGAAAGACAAGCUCCCACAAGUUGUACACGCGUACAAUUGUACUCGGCAUGAGUCAACAGGCUUUUCGCCCUUCUUUCUUCUCUAUGGCCGCCAUCCCCAUCUUCCCAUAGAUCUGCUGUUUGGAUUAGUUGAAGAGGCCGAACCAGACUCGCCUAAGGGAUAUGCCAAGAAGUGGGCAAGACAGAUGUCAGAGGCCUACCAGAUCGCUAGUGAGAAUAGCAAGCAGGCCAGUGCCAAAGGCAAAAUACUCUAUGACAAGAAGGCUAGAGGUGUAGUGUUACAGCCUGGCGAUAGGGUCCUAGUCAGAAAUCUCGGUGAACGGGGAGGACCAGGAAAGUUGCGAUCGUAUUGGGAAAAGGCCAUUUACAUAGUGAAAGAACAGAUUUCUGAAAAUCCAGUGUAUGUAGUGUACCGUGAAGCCGGGGACAAACAAAAGACGAGAACACUGCACCGUAAUCUGCUAAUGCUGGUUAAUGACCUUCCAAUUGAUAUCCCCCCAUGCCCUGGCAAGUCUGUCACUGAGAAAAGAACACAGAGAAGCCAAGGCCGGAUGCAACGCACCAGAACCCGAUCUGCAAACCCAGCGGAAGAGUCAGAUUCAGAUUUGGACUCCGAUGGAGACUCAGACUGUAACCGGUAUUGGCUGAGGGUGCCAGUAGAAAGGACGCAGGAGACACCUGCUGUACCCCUCCACCAACAGCCAAUCAUCAGUUCAAGUUGCCCAGCUCCAGUACCUGUAGGGAGAGAAGAUAGAGUAAUAACAGAGUACUUACCUGAGUACUUACCUGAAACAAACCUGAGACCUGAAAGAGAACAGAGAGAGGAGCCAAGACUGGAUGAAGGUCCCUCUAUUGUUGCUGAACCUGAAGAGGAAGCUGGAUAUCAGGAGAACAUAGAGCUUAUCCAUGAGGAACAGCACCAGGUCCAUCCGUUGUCAGAUGACCAGACAGAGGCCAGGAGGUCAAGUCGAGACAGACGACCUAGACAAAUCUUUACAUAUGAGAACCUGGGUCAGCCCAUACUGACAACACAAGCUGCAGUUAACUCAGCAUACACAAACAUUCCAUCACCCGCUUAUAACUUACCUAAUGCACCCCAGCCCCUACACUCACUUGUCCCAUACACCACACCCACAUACCCACUCAACCCAUAUGCCACCCCUAAUCCCUCAUUUACAUACAUGCCUUACCCAUUCACACCACACCCAUACAUGCUACCAUUUCUAGUCACUUGUUAGAUAAGUAAAGAGAACACAGAAUUUAGACCAGUUCAGAGUUUAGAAAAGAUUGGUAAAUGGUGGGACCCAUUUCUUUUUGCCGGGGAGUGUGUGACGUCCACAAAAAGGUUACCUUUGUUUUGUGAAUUGUAAUUUACUUUAAAUAUAUUUUUCUGUGAAUACAAGGUAAUGUUCUAUUUUGAAGUAACAAGGGUUGCUGAAAAUACAUGUAAAAUGUAUGCAUUUAAAAAGGGUUAUUUCCUUUGUAAAAUGGACUUGUCGUACUAGUUCCAUACCAGCAGGGGGCAGACCUGCAGUAGCGAUUUCCCUGUGCGUUGUUUGAAAAUUCUCAUAACUCCAGAGACUUCGAACGUAUCAAGAAGCUGUUGCCCUGUCUCAUCCUUCUUUCCUGAUUUUCAGGAGCUACUAUCUGCUAGCACGGUGCCGCUACUGCGGUACC